UGCUUCUAGCCUUUGAAUUAUAACUAUUGUUUUUUCCUGAGACUUGUAAAUCAACAAAAUACUAAUGUUUUAUGCUUAUUUAUUUCUGUUUCUUUCUUUCUGCGUUGCUGCAUUCAGAACUUGCUGAGUUUUCCUUUUGUGCUUCUGAAUCGAACUCCCAGAAAGAAGAGUAGAACAAGGAUCCUCCUCGCGAUCUUCUGGCCGUGGCUAAUGCUCUGCGAUACUUUCUGAAAAUCUUGCUUUGCUCUGCUCCCCCCAAGACACCUGAAUUGUUCCAAGGAAUCCUUUCUGUUGCUUAAUUCAGAUUUGCUUCGCCCCAGAAGUUCCUCAUUCGGCUUCAAUUUGGCUCAUGCAAUUAGACGAUAUCUCUGAACUCAGUUUCUUGUGAUUCUGUUCUAGCAAUUCAAUACUAUAAUCAGCUCAGAAAUCAUCGAGAUGUCGCACAAAAGAUGGCUGAGUCAGAUAUGGGCACUUGUUUUCAUUCUCUCUGAUCUUUUCGAGACGGCGAUAAAUGCCCAAUACUGCGUGGCGAGGGCUGGGGCUGAUACAACUGCACUUACCAGUGGCUUGAACUGGGCCUGCGGACCUGGCGGCGCGAAUUGCAGCCCCAUACAACCCGGUCAAGCUUGCUAUGUCGCCAACAAUUUGACGGCCAUCGCCUCUUACGCUUACAAUGACUACUACCAAAAAUCAAGGGCGACCGGUGGCACCUGCAACUUCAGCAACACAGCCACCCUCACCCCCAACAAUCCUAGUUUUGGCAAUUGUAUCUUCAGCGGCAGCGGCGGGACGAACACAAGCAAUGGAACUGGAACACCCACAAGCCCGAGCCCAACCUUGACGCCGACGGCCUUCGGACCACCCACCCCCGACGCCUUCGUUCCCUUUAGCGAUGCUACUUCGAUAUCUUCGGCUCGUUCGGUGGCUUAUCUGCUCCCAUUGAUCUGUCAUUUUCUCUUGUGAUCGAUAUUUUGGGGUUCGUAGACAUAAAAAAAUACAGAAAGGAACAAAUAAUGAACAGGUUUUGGUGUCUCUGAUCAAGUGUUCCUAUUGUUGUUGGUGUGUGUAUCAUAAUGCAUGAUUGAUCUAUGUGCUUUGUAGCA